CCGCACAUGUGCGUUCUAAUAAAGCAAAAAGAUCUUCAAACCCCGUCACACGACACGAUCCUUCCCGCCGGCACAAGCGAUCUUGUUGGUUUUAUUUGGUGUCACUCGUUACGCGACGCCCGGCCCGACAGGACGUGCUUCCCGCUUAGUCAUCCGAAUCUCUGCGAAGAAGUCUUGGGAGCAGCAGAGGUGCUUAGCUAGAUUUUCUCGAGCGCGCGCGAUCAGUUUCGUUUCAAGUGUUUCACGUGGGUGAUGUUCUAGUGUGUGCGGUUUUUGAAGAUGUUCGUUGGUCAAGUGGUUAACGGUAGCCAAGGUGUCGAACAGUUUGAUUUGGGUGUGCCGAUCGUGAACUUUAGCAACAUGUCCUUGCUGACCCCGACGACGCCGGGCAUGGUGAAGGAUCCGGUGUAUUACGGGGAGAGUUGUCCCAGUGCAAAGAUGUUCUACGGGGAAGCUCCGAAGAUUGAGUGCGCCUUUUCGCCGGGUUCGACCUCGAGUCAGUCGUCGUACGAAGAUAACAACGCGAUGGUGACGGGAGUCGCGCCGUCUUGUGAAAUAUACUCCGGCGGUGCUGGAUACCAACAGCAGCAACAGCAUCCACCGUCUUGCAUGAUGAUGCAGCAAAAGUCGGAAGAUCUUUACUUCAAGUUCGAUCCGGAGUACAUCGAAAGGAUGCAGUCAUCGGUGUGUCUUUCGCCAGCCACCACGAUCGCGACUCCGUUGACGUGCAACAGCGUGGUGACCUGUCAGUCCGACUACUUCAACUUCAACGAGGUCAACUGCCAGUCCAAGAACCAAAGUCCCUGCUCGUCACCACCACUCGACCCGUGGAUCACCUCAUCCCUCGCGAUGAACUUCCCAAACAUGCCACCAACGACGGUCGUCGCACCCCCAUCCGACUCCCCAAAACACGACAACGUCGAUCAGCAGCAGGUCGUCCAACCGCUGCCCUCGAUCAAGUCCGCGUUCGGCAACUCGAUCCAAUUCGACGACGGCACCAAAACUGGCUGCUACUCCCAGACCAGCAACUAUCUGAUCGACUACUUCGACACGAGCUUUCUGGACCAGUUCAACCAGAACGUCGACAUCGGUUCCAACUCAAACACCAGCAACGCCGACGCCUACCAACAUCCCGAGGUCAACUACAACACCGCCGAAGCCGCGGUAGAAAAGCCCAACCGCGAGUUCAAGGACAUCUGGCAGCAGAACCCAGAAACCACCCCCAUGCCCAUCAUCAAGCAAGAAUCGAUCGAGGAUGAAAACGAGGAAGUGUCGGGUGAUGAAGAUCCGGACGAAGAGAUGCUCGAAUGUCUGUGGACGGAUUGUAAUCUGCGGUUUCCGAGCCAGGGCACGCUGGUGGCGCACAUUGAAAAGUAUCACGUCGAGGUGAAGAAGGGCGAGGAGUUUGCGUGCCACUGGUUGGAGUGUCCGCGGCGGUACCGGCCGUUCAAUGCGCGGUACAAGCUGUUGAUUCAUAUGAGGGUGCACUCGGGCGAGAAGCCGAAUAAGUGUCCGUUCUCCGGCUGCGAGAAAGCAUUCUCCCGACUGGAAAACCUCAAGAUUCACCAGCGUUCCCACACGGGCGAGCGGCCCUACAAUUGCACGUACCUCGGCUGCACGAAGGCCUUCAGCAACAGCUCGGACCGGGCCAAGCAUCAGCGAACCCAUUACGAUACGAAACCGUACGCCUGUCAACUGCCGGGAUGCAACAAGCGCUACACGGAUCCGUCCAGCUUGCGGAAGCACGUAAAGAACCACGCCUGUAGGACGGAGGGAGGCCAAGGAAGUGGUCGUCGCAAGUCGCACAAGGAAGCGGCGACCAACAUCCUCGCGAAUCCACUGGCGUCCAUUCGACGGCACUCGGAAUCGUCUGUUCUGAGCCAACAGGAGGUCGUGUUGACGCAGCAGGAUUCUGCGAUUCCGGUUGGUGGCACCGGGGAUGGGGACAGUGUCGAGUUUGAGUUUGACGAGGUGUUUGAGGAUGUUCCACAGGCGACCAACGGAGUCGUAACCGUCGUGGAUUACAACGGAUCAAGCUUGAACGAAGUGAACUCCUGCUUUGGACGGAUGAUGCAGCCGGAGGACAGUUCGAUGGCGACAGCCGAGGGAAAGACCUGCCAGGACGAGUACAUUUCGUACGAGUGUGUGAAGAACUUUUUGUCCGCCGAGGAGACCGGCUACCUGGGGGAGUACGCAAUGGAACAGUCUUCCGCAACGGAUCACACUCCGAAGGAGAUUCCCCCGUUCGAGUACGAUUUCUUCAACGGAGUAGUUUAGUUAAAAUCCAUCAUUUUCAACCACUUUUAUCUUAGCUAAAUGUUAGUCGAUUGUAAGAUAUAGAGAGAGCCACGUGCGAGACAAACCCCGUACUUAAGGUAGCUUUAAAAUUAAUUGUCGUAUCGAAUCUUCCAAACAAACUGAAAGUUUACAAAUUUUGCUUUAUUUAGUGCGUAAGUUAAACGAAAAAUACCAAAUAUUUUUCUCACUCUCUCUGCAACCAGUGCCAAUCCAAAGGACAUUGCCAGUGUUUUAGCGUGUAAAGUUUACUUUCUAGAAAGGAUAUCAAUGUAUACCAAAGCGUUUCUUUUUAAUUAUUUUGUGUAAACACUGUUAUGAGAUUAUGAAGAUUUUUAUGAAAAAA